AUGGCUCGAAACAAUCUACUCAUCUACCUCAUGAGACGAGACCUCAGAGUCUCUGACAAUCCGAUUCUUCAUCGACUUGCAACAUCCAAGGAGCACAAUUUCACCCAUCUCCUCCCUGUUUUCGUCUUCCCCUCUAAGCAGAUCGAGGUGUCGGGCUUCCUGCCCGAAGGUAUCAAAUCUCCCUAUCCAGAGGCUCGCAGUCAAGUAGGCAAUUUUUGGAGGUGCGGCCCACAUCGAGCUCGCUUCCUCGCUCAGUCGGUCUGGGAUGUGAAGCAAUCACUCGAAAGUCUCGAUAGCGGUCUCCUUAUACGGGUUGGAAGCUUCCAAGAUGUCUUGGAUUCCACUAUCAAAUCCCUUACAAAGUCCGGUGUUCACGUCUCCGCCGUUUGGAUGACUGAAGAGCAUUCCUCUGAAGAGAUUGAAGAGCAAGAAACCGUCUCUGCGGUUUGUUCUGAUCAUGGUGUUGGCUUCCGUCUUUGGCCCGAUGAGAAGUACUUCGUUGAUGAUCGUGACACGGGCCUGGCACAUCCUCGAGAUCUUCCAGAUGUAUUCACCACUUACCGAAAAUCUCAAGAGCCGCUACGUGAUCGGCCUCGUUCCACGUUGCCCAAGCCCAGAAAGUCGACACUCCCGCCGUUCCUGGACGCCCACGCAGUUCCGCCUCAAUUCCCCCCCUUUGUGGUCGCUGAAUCUUUGGCCGAACUCGAGUCAAGAUUGGUUUCUCCCAUCGCUACAAUGUUUCACGACCAGCCCCCAUUUCCAGAGGGAGCACAGUCCGCUCACCCUUUCACCGGUGGUGAGACAGAGGCAUGGCGACGUCUUGAGUAUCUCAUCAAGACUGGUGCCAUGGCAGCAUACAAAUCCACCCGCAACGGAUUGAUUGGCCCCGACUUUAGUACCAAAUUGUCAGCGUACUUGUCAAAUGGAAGUUUGACAGCAAGACAAAUCCACCACGAGCUUGUGAGGUUCGAAGAUGGCACAUCUUCCAAGUACGUGAUGGCGACUGGGUACGGCGAAGGAGAGAAUGAUGGCACGCGAGCUGUGCGAUUCGAGCUUCUAUGGCGAGACUACAUGAGGCUCUGCACUCAAAAGUUUGGGCGCAGGCUCUUCCGACUCGCAGGACUUCGAGAAACUUCAUACAAGAGGACAUGGAAGACUGGGAACGCAGAGCAUGCUUCUGCCGACCAAGACCCAUCGCCGGAGAGAGUCUCUCACAUCAUAGAGAGAUUUCUGCAGGGUACAACUGGAAUGGGUCUCAUCGAUGCCUCUCAACGUGAGCUUUUUCACACAGGUUACACCUCCAACCGCGCUCGCCAGAAUGUUGCAAGCUUUCUCGCAAAGCAUCUUGAAAUUGAUUGGCGAUACGGAGCAGAGUGGUAUGAAAUGAUGCUCGUGGAUUACGAUGUGUCUUCCAAUUGGUCAAAUUGGAUGUAUGUUGCCGGCGUAGGCAAUGACCCUCGCGGCGAAGCCCGAAUCUUCAAUCCUGUGAAGCAGGCAUAUGACUAUGACCGCGAGGGCGAGUAUGUGCGUAUGUGGGUACCCGAAGUGAGGACCAUGGAGAAGAUUGAAAAUGUUUUCCAAGUCUGUACGGCCAGUCCGGACGACCUUGAAAGAUCUGGCCUGACAAGUCACAUCAUGGUUACCGACCCCAUCAAAAAGAUCGACUUUUCCGUUGAUAAGAAGCCCCGCACUUCUCGAAAGCCGACACCGAAAUGGAGACUCCGUGACAGUCAAGCUCGUAAAGACAAAGACAAUGACAACGAAAAGGACGGAGACGGCAACUGGAGAUCAUCGGACACUACAGUAGUGAUCAGAAAGCAAUCCAACAACAACCAAGCCGGAACCAACGAUCCAGGCAAAGUCAAUGAUGAUAGUAGGGCCACCAUUGCACAUGGUGCCGCAGGUGCAAACGUGAACCGGGCUUCUGGUACAAACAGAACCCUGGGCACAAACGGGGUCACUGUUGCGAAUAGUGCCAGCAGCCUAACUAGAGUGAGGCGCCCAAGUGAAGCCAAUGGCUCCAACGGGUUUCAUGGAACUCACGGCUUGCAUACCACCAGCCAGACAGCUAUUAUGGGCCAGUACCAGCACCACCCCUUCCACGAUCAGCUCAAUGGUAUAUCGUUCUCGCCACCCGGCUUCGUCAUGCCCAUGUAUUACCCCUCGUCUACCCCGUUCGGCCAUUCGCCGUUUGGAAGCAGCCAGUGGUUCCAAUCCAGCAACACGUAUAGACAAAGCCGAGGACGAGGUUCUGGUCAAGGCUAUCGUGGAAGAGGUGGCCGGCGAGGUGGUCAGAGAUACAAUGGCCGGAACAACAGCUUUCGUCGGGAUAAUAACAACGGCCCUCGUUAUGGCGGCCAUUUCGAUGGCGCCACCUUGACUUCAGCUAAUAACCAGUCCUAUGAGUCUUCCACCUAA